AUGACAUCUGAUAAACCAAUUCCAUAUGCUGCCGUUGUGGAAGUAUUUGAUAAAAUUGAACAAACAACCAAAAGACUUGAAAUUAUUCAAUACACUUCAGAUUUCUUUCUUAAGGUUUUGCAAACAAAUCCAAAUGACCUAGUCCCAAUAACAUAUUUAUUCAUGAAUAGGUUAGGACCUGAUUAUGAAGGUUUAGAACUAGGUCUUGGUGAAACCAUUUUAAUCAAGACAAUUAGUGAAAGUACAGGGAAAUCAACAGCUCAUGUUAAAGCCAAAUAUAGAGAAACUGGUGAUUUGGGUCUUAUUGCAUUACAAGCGAGAUCUGUUCAACCAACAAUGUUUAAACCAAAACCAUUAACUGUUGAUACCGUUUUCGCAAAUUUGAAGCAAAUUUCACAAGCUUCAGGUAAAGAUUCUCAAACAAAGAAAAUUAACAUUAUUAAAAGAAUGUUGACUGCAUCUCAAGGUUUAGAAGCUAAAUUUUUGAUUAGAUCAUUAGAAUCGAAAUUAAGAAUUGGGUUAGCUGAGAAGACCGUCUUGAUAUCAUUAGCCAAGGCAUUAGUUACACAUGAAAAGUUACAAGAGGGUAAAAAAUUGAAGAGUAUAACACCUGAGUUAUUUGUUAAAGCUGAAGAAGCUAUUAGGGAUGCAUUUUGUCAAGUUCCAAAUUAUGAAGUAUUAAUCACCACUGCUAUUAAAUAUGGUGUUUUGAACUUGGGUAAACAUUGUACUUUAAAACCAGGUAUCCCAUUGAAACCAAUGUUGGCAAAACCUACAAAGGCUAUAACUGAAGUAUUGGAUAGAUUCAAUGGUGAAGAAUUUACAUGUGAAUAUAAAUAUGAUGGUGAAAGAGCCCAGGUGCAUUUAUUAAACAAUGGUGAAGUUAGAGUUUAUUCAAGAAAUUCCGAAGAUAUGUCUCAAAGAUAUCCAGAUAUUAUUGAUAGUGUUAAAGGUUUUCUAAAAGAGGAUCAACCUACAAAAUCAUUAAUUUUGGAUUGUGAAGCUGUUGCAUGGAGUAGAGUUGAUGAAAAAAUCCUACCAUUCCAAGUGCUAUCCACUAGAAAAAGAAAAGAUGUUCAAACUGAAGAUAUCAAAGUUCAAGUGUGUCUUUUCGCAUUUGACAUGUUGUGUUAUAAUGAUGAACCAUUAAUUAAUAAACCACUAAGGGAAAGAAGAGCUCAACUUUAUAAAGUGUUGAAACCUGUACCAGGGAAGUUCCAAUUUGCCACUAGUAAAAUAACUUCUGAUAUGGAGGAACUUCAACAAUUCUUAGAUGAAUCUGUUAAAAGUGCCUGUGAAGGUUUAAUGGUGAAGACGUUAGAUACUGAUCCAUAUAGACCUAGUCAACGAAGUAAUUCCUGGUUGAAAUUGAAAAAAGAUUAUCUUGCCGGUGUUGGUGAUUCUUUAGAUUUAGUUGUCGUCGGUGCUUAUUAUGGUCGUGGUAAGAGAACAGGUACUUAUGGUGGGUUCUUAUUAGCAUCUUAUAAUCAAGAUUCAGGUGAAUAUGAAACCUGUUGUAAAAUUGGUACUGGGUUUUCAGAUGAAAUGUUGAAAACAUUAUAUGAAAAACUAUCCAAAACUGAAAUUGAUGAGGCGAAAAGUUAUUAUACUUAUGAUUCCAGUGCUGAGCCAGAUGUUUGGUUUGAGCCAACCAUGUUGUUUGAAGUCUUGACUGCUGAUUUAUCUCUAAGUCCUGUUUAUAAAGCUGGUGCCGAAGUGUUUGGUCGUGGUGUUUCACUAAGAUUCCCAAGAUUUAUCAGGAUCAGAGACGAUAAAAACAUUGAAGAUGCCACGUCCAGUGAACAAGUUGUUGAGUUCUAUGAGAAACAAGCUGCUCAGCAAUAG